AUGGGCGUAGUGUGCUCUGGGGUAACACUGGUCUGGUCUGGGUGUGACAGGGACCGGAGGGACAAACCGGGUGGAGGAGUACUCGUACAACCGCCUCGCUCUAUCCACGUGCGAGCUUCAUUUAGCAAUGUCCUCCCGCCUGAUUCCAAAUAUUCCCUUGCCGAGUCCAUCUGCCCAUUCAAGGAGCUCAUCCUCAAGC